CGUCGAGCCCACGAGCCGCGACACAACAGAUACGACAGACACGACAGAUGUGACAGAUGUGACAGACAUGCAAAGGCUCAGGAUGAGUGAAAUCGACUCAUGCCUCGAAGAGGAAAAGGGUAAGAGGGCAGCUGCAGCCAGCUAGCGCGCCUGCCCCGCCGAAGUCAUCCCCGCCAAACAGUCGAUAAACAGAGCUCGACAGCUUGCAGAUCGACAGCAAAGUAUUCCAGAACACAUCGUCGCCAUGUUCAAAAAGAAGCCCACUAUCAAGCCUCUCUCGCCACUCAAGUCCAGCGACCGCCGCCGGACCGCCGACCAGAUCAUCUCAGACUUCGCCAUCGAGGUCCCAGUCGAUGCUAGCGCCGACCCCGAGGACAAGACAGCGGCAGCAGCAGGCCUCACAGCUCUGAGAAAGUCGCUCCUCCCCGAGAAUGCCCAGUCCGCGCGCUUCACGACCACGGCAGGGCCAGACCUCAAGCAGGUGUCGGGAACAAUAUAUGUGGGCAGCCAUGAAGGAACAGGCAACGAGCAGAGGAUACUGUGGGUCAAGGUCUGGGACAAGAUGUACCCCACAGUCUACACGCUCUGGUACAACCCGCGCAUCGUGCCCCUCCUCUACACGCCCCUCUUCGUCGUCGAGAAGCUGCAAGGCGGCGCCGACCUCAUGACCCCUGGCCUGCAACGAGGCCCACCGUUCCCAAAGAGAGCCACUAAAGGUGCCAUUGUAGCCAUCGCGAGCCUCGAGGCACCCACCGUACCCAUGGCAGUCGGCACCUGCGAGAUCGAUGUGAGCGCGCUGGAAAAGACACAAGGGAUGAAGGGACACGCCGUGUCGACAUUCCACUGGGCUGGCGACGAGCUUUGGUCGUGGAGCUCCACCAGCAAGCCUGGCAGCAACCCUCCCGCCAUUAUCGAGGGUUGGGAUGAUGAGAAGGAAGAUGAGGCAAACUUGGCCGAACGGACGGGCGCGUUGGACCUUGACGCAGAAGAGGAAGAAGGUGGCAUUGCGCUUGAUGCUGGUCCAACUGAGCGAUCACAAGCAGAGUUGGCGCAGGGCGUCGAGGGAGAAGACGCGCAAGCGAACAAGGACUUUAUCGAUGUGAUCGACGACAAGGAACUGACUACGAAGGAGAUCGAUGAGGCUUUUCACAACGCCUUCCUCUAUGGAGUACGGCAGCACAUGAACGAGAACAAGAACCACCCCUCCUACGGUCUCGAUUUCCCGCUUUCGCAGUCACUCGUCAUGUCGCAACUCGUUCAGCCUUUCCUCCCCACCUACACACCCGCGCGAACAGCCUCAUUACAGAUCAAGAAAACAAGCUGGAAGAACCUCAAGAAAUUUGUCAAGUCACUGGACAAGCAAAAGAUGGUCAGGUGCAAAGAUCGUGACGGGCAUGAGGUGGUUAUCCUUGACAUUGACUUCAAAGAUCGGCAAAUUGAACAAUUCGUACCAUACCGGUUACCAAAGAAAGACGCCCCAACUGCCAGCGCAAGUGGUAAAUCAGGUGCGCCAUCGAGUAACGAAUCCUCUGUUGGUCAGAAAUUAAAGCUCGUCUCAUUACUGCGGCCAAAGGAGAAGCUAGCGCCCAUUUUCCAUGCUUCCAAGGCCGACCCACGAGGCAUGUACACGCCUGCUGAGCUGAAGCAGAUCCUUAUCGCGUACGUUGAAGCAGAGAACUUGGUCAACGCAAAAAACAGGCGCCUCAUCAACAUCAAUCCCCAGCUCGCCGACGCCCUCCUCGGUUCAUCAGCAGCAGACAAUGCCGCACUGUCCUCGGGGACCAUGCCAAGAGACGCCCUCGCCGAACGCAUGGUCGCUGCGACAUCGCCAUUUCAUGCGAUUCUCCGCAACGACGCUGACAUCGCCGACACGAAGCCAAAGGCUGGUGCCCCACCGAAAAUCACGAUCACGCUCGAGACGCGCAGUGGCAAUAAGAUGGUGUCCAAGGUCCAUGGGCUGGAGCCGUAUCACAUCGCACCGCAGCCGCUUGCCGAUGAGCUGCGGAAGACGUGCGCGGGGAGCACAAGCGUUGAUAAGCUACAAGGCUCUAGUCCGAAGAAUCCAAUCAUGGAAGUGAUGGUUCAGGGGCCGCAGAAGGAUGCCAUUUUGAAGGCGCUGGAGAAGCGCGGCGUGAGGCCAAAUUGGGUGGAUGUCGUGGAUAAGACGAAGGGUAAGAAGAAGUGAUCUUGGGGUCUCGCGGGAAGGGAACGUAGAAGUAUUGAGUUGUUUCCAGGGCGGUAGGCUUGACGGCGUAGUUCGUUAUAUGCAAUGCUGUCCUGAGACGUUGUGGUGCAGAAUACCCAAUCAUGAACUUUCUUGGACAACCUUCAUAACGAUCAAGUGUGUGUCAAACGUCUUAUCGUCGG